AUGCCUGUGGUUCAGCUGUUCUGUUUGUUCACCACAGUUGCUCUAUUCAUGGAUUUUGUCUAUCAGCUGACCUUUUUCUCGGCCAUGAUGAGCUUCAUCGUUCGACGUCAGAUCAGGCUAGAUGAGAAAGCUAAAGAGCGAAAAAUUCAGGACGGAAACCCAUCAAUGAAUUCAAUAGGUGACAGUACAAAAGCGAAAUUCGGUGAAACGAUGGUAAGCACUUACCUGGCCACUGAAGUGAGCACCGACUUUAACAUGGAAAAUCUCUAUCUGGAAGGAUCACCUCUUACGGACAUUUCGAGGCAAAUGCAGGAUUUCGUUCUUCGUGAAUCGUUCGUCGUGAGCUUUGCCGUGAAGCCAAUGCCCGAUUUUUCUGACGAAAGGACUCGAGAGCGUUUCAACGAAAUGGUCACAAAACUGGAGACUCUUCCAAAGUACGGCUGGGGACCAGAAGCGACUGUCUUUUGGCUCAGAGACUACAAUACAACAAUUCAAUUCUGGGAGGAGGAAGAAGACCACUGGUCACCAGAGGUUCUCCUAAAGAAUUAUCGUGAUAUGGAAGAUGGAAAGAAAAAUACAUUGCUUCACCAAAUUUCCGCGGCCUCCGAUGUCCAAUGUCCUAAAAAAGCCAGCACAGUCUAG